AUGGACCGUUCAGGCAGAUUAUUCUCAUCCAGCUUCAGCACCUUUAUUACCGAAACACAAGAAACACCUGCGUCUGCUCUACCAGGCGAGGGAUCCCAGCAUUACUGGAAUCUCGCAAGCGAUGAUGUCUCACAAAACCUUCAAAAGGCGGCACGGGCGGACCCUGAUUUUGCAGACGUUGUUUGCGCUGCUUCUGUCUAUAAAAUAAAACACAAGACAAUAGACAACAUCGGCGUCGGAGACCCGAAUACUAGCAGACAGACGUUUUCCAUAGGAGCUGGGCUGACUUCAGAGGUCGUGCAGCAUAUGCUGAUUGACGAGGCGUCUAAGCUCGAUCCCCCUCCGGCCACGACCAUCGCGCUUAAGAUUUUCCGAUCUGCGAAACAGGGCAGCCCCAGUGAGGCCAGAGCAGCGCGACAGAAAGUUUAUGACUCAAUACUGAGGGAGAUGAAAGCUUUUGGUCACCCCAGUCUUUCCAACCACCCGCAUGUUCUGAAGCUCUUGUUUGUUGGGUGGAACAGCAACUAUGCAUAUCCCUUUCUUGCUAUGGAGCUUGGGGACCACGGCUCUCUUGAUCACAUUCUUCGCACCCGCGGGCCUGGCCCAACCACACGACAGAAGCGUAAUCUCACUAUUGAUAUCGCACUCGGUCUCCAGGCUAUUCAUAAGGCUGGUUUUAUCCAUGGAGACCUCAAACCAGACAAUAUCAUCGUAUUUAGUAGCGAUGAUCCGGCGCGUCAAAUCAGUGCGAAAUUGUCGGACUUCGGAGGAAGCAAUGAGAUUUAUGGAGAACGUGACGGCGCCCCUACACAUUUCACUCCUCUUUGGUCGGCUCCGGAAGUUCUCGCCAAGCGCUCAAAGAUCUACUGGGAUAGAGCAGACGUUUACUCGUACGGGCUGGUCGUGGCCAGCUUAUGGGCUAACCCGAGGGGCAGUGAAGAGGAUAGCGAGGGGAAAGACCAUGGUGAUGAUUAUGCGGGGUCACGGUCACCAAGUAGAACCAUGCUCCGGAGCUCCAGUGUACUUUUCGGUUCUGUGCCGUUGCCCUCCGGCGAAGGGCUGUCCUCCAAUGAGGAUCUCUCAUCCGACGAAGAUCAGUCGUCCCUUGAAGAUCAGGCAUCUAACGAAGAUCUAUCCACCGAAGAUGAGACUCCAUCUGACGAAGAAACCCCAUCCGAAGAGGAUAUAGAGGGUCUGAGAUAUAUAAAAUGUUUACCGGAAAGCAAUCCGGAAAGCCUCAUGUCGGUGCUUGCAAUUCUAAUCACAAGAAAAUCGCUUCCGGCAGAUAUCAACCCCAGUGAAGUAUUCGCCAUUCUCACGCCAACAUUGAGAACCAACUGGUGGGAGCGACCGGAAAUGGAUGAUUUCAUGGUGGUCAUAUCGGAAUUUGCCAAUGCCAUUGGGCGCGUGGUUGAACCCCUUGUCGAGCGUGUGUACUCAGAGGCAAGCAAGCAGAGCCAGAUUGAUAUGUAUCGGUCUAAUGUCGAUUAUCAGACCUAUGAGCCAAAGCCCCUUCGCCCCUCCGCCCUCAAUAGAGAUAUUGAAUCAUGUUUAGUGUUUACUGACCACCGAGACAUCAUGAUGAGUCACGUAUUUCGUGCCCUCGACGAUAUAGACGAUAGAGUGAAGUAUACGCCCCAUCCAGAAGACAUUCCAGACCACUUCCCUGAAGAUUUCUCCACGGACCAGUUUCUAGCGAGCUUGCUGGCGAUUACUAAUACCAAUCUGAGACAUCUCUACGCCGCAAUAGAAAGUAAUUCAAGAGAUGAUAUAUGGUCUGGGGCGCUUGACUUUAUCAAGAAGGGGUGUUUUUUGCGCGAUCUAGGUUUGGCUGGCGUGUAUGGUCUGGAGCCGGGUAUGGCGCUAGACUUCAAUAAGCGCAGUUUUGAAUACAUACGAACAUCGGCUCUGUACGAAAAUGAUACUGCAAUUAUCACCGCGACCUUUGCGUUGUCUGCUGGGAGUGUCAUCCAGGAAUCGGAGAUUCCAAUCCGGUUAAACCUAGUGUUGCUCUCUCUUUCGCAUUCAUCGCUGGCAAUGAGGCGUCUACAUUCCAACUGGCCCAGCUUAUAUGCCAUUGUUCGCAAGGUAAUGCGAGAAAGGGGCUUGAGUUGCCUUACGGAAGCGAAGGAAAUAUCUCCAGGCCUGCACGCGAGCCAGCGACUACUUAGAGCUUACAUCAACGCUGUGCCGCUCGAUUCCUCGCAAUUAGCGCCACUCAGUCUCAGUGACUCUUUGGAGAUCGGCGCUACCGAAACGAUUAUUGAGAUAAUCGAGGACAACGAUCAUCCUGUUCCAGCAGAUCAGGAACAGUCAAUGCGGAAUCUGUUCCAUAAGCUUGGCAAGAUCCCAGAUGUUAAAGCUGCCGCACUUGCUCGGGCUGCGUACGAAAGAGGUGCCAGCCUUGAAUGUCCUUCAAAAAUAGAUUAUGACGAUCUGCCGAAUUCUGGCACCUUUCAAUUUUUCAGCACCCCUUUGUGCGCCGCCCUUGGAAGAGGACAACCAUUGCUCGCCUUCGAAAUAUUUUGCCUCCACGUCGAGUUCGAUGUCCCUAUAAAGCAAUUUGCAUUUGCGAUACAUGUAAGUUUUGCAAAUCUUUACCCAGUGGUUGGGCUGGCUCUGGUCAGGUUGUUCCAAGAUAACCCCUCCAUGUGCCUUGAUCUUGAUGAUGGCACGAUUCGAUGGGGAAAGGUGAACGGGGACUUUAUGAGACUUGGACUCCCACAAAGCUUGGCUGCGCCCAUCCUGAUGCAAGGCAAAUGGAUGUCACUCAUGCUGCAUGGAGGAGAAUAUCGAACGGCUCAAAGUAACACUCUCAAUCUUUUGCUAGAUGAGGGGGCGGAUCCCGCAUUGGGUCUGUCCACCUACACACCACUGGGCCUUUCCAUAGUCUCGGAUGACAUCAAUGCAUUAGAGACAUUCCUCGACCGUAUGGAAAUGGCUACCUACAACAAAGGUCGCAAGACUGUGGAUAAUGUCCUUCUAGCUUCUUUGAAUGACCCUUGCAACCUAGCGCGGUUUCAAGAGCAACACCUAGGCUCAGAGAUUGACUGGGAGUAUAUGCACACUGCUCUGGCUCUGUGUAUAAGGCAUGCCUCACUCAGCUGCUUUGAGCUCGUCCUCAAAAAGGUUCCCAGUCUUGUGAACACGGAAAGGGAUGCUGUCGGAAGAACUCUGCUGCACAGGGCGUGCUCCGGGGUUGAAAGAGGCAUCCCUAGUAUGGAGGGUCAUUCUAAUAUUAAGCUUCCUGUGUUUAUGGAACUGAUCGCACGAGCCGGCCGUGUGGGCGGUCCCGGUUUGGAGUUUAUUGAGUUGUUAUUGAUGGCUGGAGCAGAUGUCAUGGCGAUAGAUAGCAUGAAUAACUCGCCACUCUACUGGGCUUUGCGGCGGGUUAACAUCCCCGCGGCGGAUAUGAUAGCGUCGUAUUGCUCUCAGGACCAACUGAAACGUCUGUUAGGACGCGAUCCACACACUGGCGACUCGAUAUUCGCAGCUUUGAUUGAAACGGACAUCGACCACCCCAUGUCUGGCAGUCGGAGAGAACCAAAAUUAGUUACGAGUCUCCAGUGGCUUCAGGAGCGAGGAGGGCUACACUUCUACGGCCCAGGGAACGAGGCUGUCUGGAACACGAUUCUGACAAGUCAGCGGACUCUGCGAAUCCAUCAGUUGAUGGACGCCACUUUGAUGGAAUAUCUGAUCGAUCUGCCUGUAUUCGCGGAAAAGCUCCAUACAGAGCGAUACGAAGGCUUUUCAAUGCUGCAUCUUGCUGUCAUGCAUAGUAACGUGGAUAUUGUUCGCCUGAUGCUCGCUAGGCAAUGCGAUCCUAAUGUCGCUUCCACGACCGAGCUCCCAGUCCCCUAUGGCGCAACACCCCUCGACAUGAUUGGUCUCAGUCUUUUGCUAGGGAGCCAAAUGCCCACAAUGGACACGGCUAGCCACGCUGCAUUCAUAAAGCGACAUGACGCAAUGCUAGAUAUUGCCAAUAUGCUUCUGGAGAAAGGUGCUCAGGGCACGGCAUUUGAGGCGCUUCAAAAAAUGACAAGUGUUCUCAAAGGCGGCGAAAGAGAGUGGGAGAGCUUGCUUGAAAAGUCCAGACAUCAACAUAAACAAGGCGGAUCUCUUAAACAGGAUAAUAUAAUGGGAGCUUGGCCGAUUUCACUACCAUCUGAGGACCAUACUGCUGGUAUACCCAGCGGUGCGCCUAGCACCACUGUGUUGUUUGACCCAGUGACGGACGCUUACCUCACAAAUGAGAUCCUCGAAAGGGCUUUUGAUCGUCUCAUUGAAAGACGCCACGGAGAAUUGGAAUCUUCAAAGCGGAAAUUACUUCUUGAACAACUUCAUGUGGAAUUUGUUCGAGAUCGAGCCCCCGCAGGAGGCAGUGAGGCAGCAUCAGUAGCCUGA